GUUAAAUUUGGUAACUUGUAGUUCAACCACGGCCUGUGCUUUAAAAGCAGCUGGCUGCUUUAGGGCCUGUUAGCAGCUGCAGCUGUGCUAGCAGGCUGGUUCAGAGAGGAGAGGCAGGGUUGAAUACUGAUGCGUGGCUGACCCAAAUGCUGGGGCAGGCCUGGGCAUUGUGAGGUUUCCUAGGGAUUAGUGUCCUGCUCUGGACAGAUGAGUUGAAGAGUCAGGACAGAGCUAGCUGCAGCAGGACCACUUGUGUGCUGGUUAACUGGUCUGACUCUCUUAGAGAUUGAAGGGCCAGUCCACCCUGGCCCUGCACUGUGUAUCGUCAGUUACACCGGUGCAAAAGUGGCUGCUGGAUCAGAACUGUCCCCUUGACACCAGCACACCCGCUUUGCACAGGGGUGAUCGCGGGACCGGGCAGGGCAGGGCCAGGAUGGGGCGUUGAGUCUGCAGCCAGCUUAAAUGUUUAGUCUGGUUAAACAAUAGACCCACUGAUGCAGCUGUGGCCAAAGCUCAGCCCGGGAACUGCAGCCCCCAGCUUGCAAUGCUCUAUCCCUGAGUGGCCAGGCCCGGGCUCGGUGGGACGCAGCAAGCGAUGGGCUGCUCCCUGCAUUGCAGCUGGAAGGCUUAUUUUCCUUUUAUAAUUUAAUCCCCCCCCCCCCCGCUCCACUGAUUAGCUCCAGUCACAGGGUGCUCCAGGGCCUGGCCAGGGCAGGGCUGGCAUAGGAUGAGCAGGCUUUGUUGUAGAUACCGGGUAUGUCUUUCGCUCGGCAGGGAACCAGUUGACAAGGUUGGGUGGAAGUUAACAGCCCAUCAGGUUGGAUGGCAGGGCUGGGGGAGCGACAGACGGUCAGGAGGUGCCAUUGGUGGGGGAUGCGGAUGUGGGACCCUGAUUACUGCAGAAUUGUGGAUCUCAAGGGAGGAAACUUCACACAUGGCUGUCUCCUUCUCCAAGGCACCAAGCCGACACCCGGACAGACUGGGUGCCUUACAAGUGUGGCAGGAGAAUGGCCUCUUUCCUGUCUCCAGGGAGGGUUUGAUGGUGGGCAAUGCAGGGAGGAGAUGGGGUGGGGGGGCGUUGUGUGCUGAUGCCCAGGAAGGGCCAGUCUGGAAGCCCCGGUGCAGGCUACGUGGGACAGCACAACCCGCCUCCCCUGGUUUAGUGGUGAUGCCAGAGCACAGCUCUGGCCUAGCUAGGGUCUGGCCAUCGCCCCUGUGAGCACCUGGCCAGCUGGCUCCUGUGCAGCCCCCUUCCACCUGCCACAUGCAGUGGCCACAGUCCCCCCAUCUCCCUCCUGCUGUGGGCCGCUCUCUCUUCUCAGUGGUUUCAGAGUAGCAGCCAUGUUAGUCUGUAUUCGCAAAAAGAAAAGGAGUACUUGUGGCACCUUGGAGACUAACAAAUUUAUUAGAGCAUAAGCUUUCGUGAGCUACAGCUCACUUCAUCGGAUGCAUCCGAUGAAGUGAGCUGUAGCUCACGAAAGCUUAUGCUCCAAUAAAUUUGUUAGUCUCUAAGGUGCCACAAGUACUCCUUUUCUUCUCAAUGGGGCGCACUGGAAAGGUCCGGGGAUGCUCGGUAGGCUACAGCCAGCAUAAGGCCUCGAGGUGGCUUCAUGCUGCAGCUGGAGAUGCAAAAACCCUCCAUCGCCACCCCCCAGCCAUGGGGCAGCUGAGCCAGGAUCAGGGUAGCCCUGGCCUGCACUCAACUGCUUUCCCCGGGGGUGACUGUGUGGGGUGGCCCGGGCAGGGCUAGGUCAGUUCUGCCCACUCAAGGGCAGCCCAUCCGGUGCAUGGCCCAGCCGGGCAGGGGUGAAGCCAAGGGAAGCUGGUGCCAGGCAGCCCCCCUCCUCCUCCCCAGUUUAGCAGAAGACGGAGGCUGUGCAAGGCAAAGCCACCUCCCCUCGGACUCCAGAGGGUUAAUGGGCUCCCUGGCCUGGGGGCUUGUUCUCACUCCCCUGCCCAAUCCAGGGAUGCCUCGCUGUAAUUGAGCCCUCGCCAGAUCAAAGGCUCCAAUCGCGCAAUCAACACCCCCCUCUUGCCUGGUGGCUGCAGACGCCCUUUGGAGAGCUGGGCGCCGGCACUGCGCUUUGUCUGCCCGGCCCGGUCCGGUCCGGCCCGGCCCAGCCCAGCCCAGCCCAGCCAUGGGGCCGGCCCCUGCCAAGGCCCGGUUUGCAGCUGGCCUCCUCUGGGCGCUGCUGGGCGCGGCGCUGGGGAGCCGGCAGGAGCUCUCGCUUUUGAAAUCCUUGGGCCUGAACGCCAAGCCGACCCCCAGGGCCCCGACCCCCAGGGCCCCGGCCCCGGUGCCCUCCGUGCUGUGGCGGAUCUUCCAGCGGCGAGCGCAGCCUUCCCCCGGGGACACGGCGCCGGGCCGCGCCUGCAGGGUGGAGGAAUUUAAUGUGCCUGGGAACAUCAUCCGUGUCUUCGCUGACCAAGGCCACUUCAUUCACAGUAGGGAGCCCAAGACUUUCCUGUGUCUGGAGAAACGUCUGUACUUUAAUUUCUCUGUGUUGGAGGAGGGGGAGCAACUGACAAUGGCUCAGCUGGAGAUCAACUUCAGCCACAACUCCUAUCACACUUCCAGUGGCAGGCAGGUCUUUGAGCUGCGGCUGUACCAAGCCCUGCAGAUGUCUCUGCGGGGAAUGUCCUCCCACAUGUACAACCACAAGCUGCUGGUGGCGCAAUCCUUCGCACAGCUGCACAAGUCCCUCCUCUUCAACCUGACCGAAGUGGCAAAGGGCUGGAGAACCCCCAGCAAGAACAUGGGCUUGAUCCUGGAGAUCUCUGUGGGCAGCAGGGACGGCACCUUGGCCUUGCCGCCCCGAAGGCUGCAGAACCUCUGUGCCAGCAUCGACUCCUUCCUCGACACCUCGCUGUUGGUGGUAUCCCUCAGUCAGAAGCAGUGCCAGGCCUCCAGGAAGAGGCGAAGCUCCUAUUAUACCCCAGUCACCCCAAGCAACCUCUGCAAGCCGAGGCGGCUCUACAUCAGCUUCAGUGACGUGGGCUGGGAGAACUGGAUCAUUGCGCCGCAGGGAUACAUGGCCAACUAUUGCCUUGGGGAGUGCCCCUUCCCACUGACAGCAGAACUCAACAGCACCAACCACGCCAUCCUCCAAACCAUGGUGCACUCUCUUGACCCAGAAGGAACCCCCCAGCCCUGCUGUGUCCCAGUGAGGCUGUCCCCCAUCUCCAUCCUGUAUUACGACAACCAUGAUAACGUGGUGCUGAGACACUAUGAGGACAUGGUGGUUGAUGAGUGUGGCUGCAGAUAAUGGAGCUGCUGGUCGAGAUGUGAAUAGGGAAUCGAAUGGGUCUCAGAGAACGGUCAACGGCUGGAGUAACUAGGAUUUUUGGUUGAUGUAAUAGGUCAAAACGUAUUAAAUCUCCUUCAUGUGGGUGGGUAGGGACCCUCCCCUCCAUCCCUUGGUGCAGUUAAUGGCAGAACUACCCCUUUGAUGCAUAGUGGCAAAAUGCAGCCGCAAGGGGAAGCUCUUGGCUUCUGGCAUCAAGAGGAUAAUGCAGUUUGGGAUUCUAAUGUAAUGCUGAUUGGCUGGAGGCAUCAGGCUUCCAAACUCCUACCUGCUGGUGGCUUCAUCCACGUGGAGCCUUGCUGGGAACCUGGUGAAAUCUAAUGCCGAUAGUCUGAGCCUCUCCCCCUCCCUCCUCAUGCCGCCCAAGUGCUGAGCAGAGGAUGGUGGCAUCAGCUUGUUAGUCCCUGCACUCCUCUCCCUGUGCCGCCAUCCUCGGUUCUGACCUGGAGGCAUUGUUUUAUGGCUGGAGCUGGUGCCCAUGACAUUGAAGAAUGAGUUCUGCUGGCUCUUCAGUGCCCCAUAGGCCCCGCACCCUUAGCUUGCCCACGCUGGUAGGAACAGCAGCACCGUCCCCGUUGCUCUAAGGAGUAGCUCAGCUGGAGUCUCAGCUUCUUGAGCUAAAUGACACGAGCUUAGCAUGGAUUUAUUUUUCCAGAACAGGAAGACAAUUUGGCUAAAUUCUACCUUCUUUCUAGUGAGUGAAGAAAUGACCAGGCCUUUCUACUCCACUGGCUUGUACUGCAACUAAAAUAUCACCUCUGCCUUGAGCCUGCUAAUGCAUUGCUCUUAAAAGGGCAUUACUGGUACCAGCUAUUAGAUGCCAGGGCAGAGAAGGACAGUGGGGCCUGGGGAAGCGAAGUGACGCAGGGUGAAGAGGUACGUUCUCAGACUGAGAGUACUCUCACCAGAACAUCCUACCAAUAUAAAACAUACCUUUUUUGUGGUGAAGAUGUAGCCUAAGAGGUCAGGCUCUGGCUUUUGAAUAAUGCAAGAAGCCUGGCUUGGAAAAUUUAGCCUAAAUUUGUAUAAGGAGCCAUCAAUUUUGGGUGUCCAACUUGAUGGAGGGGUGCUGACUUGUUGCAGGAAAAAAAAUCCCAGUGGCCAAACUAUUUCAAAACAAAUUAAAGAAUUAAUUGAUUCUUUAAAAGUAUUACAUGUUACCCAUUGAGCGUGAAUCUAGUCGAUGGCUGGCAAUCAGGCAGAUGGCUGCAGAAAGCAGUAGAAAGAUGAAUAGACAAGGUCUCCUUUAAAAAAAAAAAAGUUUUCACCUUGAUUAUUGUCAGAGUUCCCUCAGUAAUAGGGACAGAAAACUAUUCCCUGCCUCCUAAUAAUUAUCUUAAGCCAUGUUGCACUAGAUAAGCAGCCAAUACCUAAACAACAUCCUAGUAAAAAAUAUGGGGGGAGGAGGGGUGUAGAGCAGUGGCUUGCGCAAUUAUGUAAUGCACUAGCCUGUCACCCGUGGAGCAGUGAGGACUUGGCUCAGUGAAAGUAGCUUAAUAGUCUCAUUUUAGCACGAUUCCAGCUGACUCCAUAAGGGUUUAACACAGUUUGUAGCAGAACCUAUGGUUACUUAGUUCUUUACUUAUUGCACUGUUGAAACAGAUUGUGUGUGUUAAGGCAUCAGUGGUAUGUCCAAUAGACCUGCUAGACCAGCAAUGGUAUUGUGAAAGGCAGGUCAAGUUUGCUAUAUCAAGUCAGUUGGGUGAGGACCCUCUCCCUCUCUCCAACACUUAUGAAUGAAUUGCUGAAGCUGCCUGUCCUCCAGCUGAGGUAGGAGAUGAAAAACAGGAAAAGGGAUGACUUUAGUACAGAAUUUCACAGGGAUCCUUCACAGCUGCAAUGCUCAGGCUGAAGUCCAGAGGAGCUGGGGCAGUUGAAGUUUUAGUAGGUCUCCACCUACACUACCAAGAGCCAGCACUGUUCCGAAAGUAAAACCAGCCAAGUUAUUAGCUAGGACCAAGGGAUAGGUGGCUGAGGGAUGGCCUGUUUUCUUCAAAGUGGGAUUCAUGUUAAAAUAAGAUUGGGGGGCUGGGGAAUGUUUGAAGUCUUAAAGUAGCCAUGCUUGAAGCCUGGGCAAAGUUGCCAGCUCAUUCCAGUCUUUAAAGUCAUCAACCACAGCUGCUCAACUGAAGCAGUCAUGUGACUUGAGUAAUCCCUACCAGUGCAACUUUCCUUCCCUUCCAGCUGAAAACUUCUUAAAUCUGCCCCUUGCACUGAAGUGUUUCUCUGUGACUGAAUUUUAGACAAGUUAACAUAGCAGAAACACCCCCCCACACACACACACACCUUCCAAAGGCACCAAGCACUGAACCUCCCCUUCUUCUGGUGUAGCUAAAAGAAUAAGAACAUAGCAGUUGCUAGCUACCGCUACUUUACAAGUCAUGGGGCCCUACACUUUAGAGGUUGCCGCUGUGCACAGAUCUAUGUGGGGAUGUCAAACUGGAGUAAAGUCAAAGUAAAGUUUUGCCUUUCAGUGACAAAUACAGGACAAUUUUAAUUGCACUCUUUUUUGGGGGGGAAGAUAAGAAGCAGCAAGGAAUCUGAAUUAGACUUGGAACUUUUUUUUAAAUGUCAGUCAGAUUGAAACUAGUGGAGAAUUGGUUUUUUUGUAUCUACCUUGUAAUGUGUCUUGAUAGAAAGGUUUCACUAAGUAUUAACAGGAAAGACCUUUGUCCCUAUGGGGAAACUAAAAGGUUUAUCCACUUAUUUUAAAUUAAUUUGCAGACAGUGUCCUUUCGCUACCCUACACAAUGAAUGUGCUGUGCUAAUGGAUAUACCCAAAUCUUUGUUGAACAGGAGCAAGUAAGGCUGAGUACUUUAAGGCUACCACAGUUCCACACAGGUGACCUACUAUUAUACACUAACAUUUUCAGGUAUCCUCUGCACUGCAGUUUAGGAAGCUAACUGAUUCACAGACAUAGGCUACUGUGGUUUGUAAGACAUUUUACCCCCUAUUAUUCUGUACAGUAAACAAGAACUACAUCAAAAUCUAGCAUCUAAUUCCUUCAUUAAAUGUUUGAUGCUAGUCAGAUUAGUGACUAUGGUUUAUAACUACCACCAGUAACUCAAGUUUAUAAAAUAUUUAAGAUAUGUCAAUUUCUUCUGAAAAAACUAGAAAGUAACAGUGACAGGCUCAAAAAUCUGAACUGCUAGUGUUUCUUUUUAAAUACUUACCCUCACCUCUUAAUGUGGAGUUAAUUCCCGGAAUUAAACAAACUUGAAUUUCUAAGAAAAGGGAUUUUAGCUUUUGUUAUACUGAGUGUUUUGAAAAAUUAGUCUACAGCAGAUCAAGGAACUCAAAGCUCAGUUCAUUUAGGCCACACUUGUGAGGGAGGUUUUUGCUUUCCAUCUAAAUCUUCACUUGCAUUUACCAAAGCACAAAGAGAUGAAUGAUUAAUGGGCUCUGUCCUAUCUACUGUGCAGUCCAAACAAUUAGAGGAUUCUCACAAUAGCAGAAAAAGACAGCUAUAACCAUGUGCAAUACUUUGUGGACCAGAGUGGACACAUGAAAUAACUACUUCAGUGAUCACAGACCCUCUGAAGAUGUCAGUGCACUAAUAUGAAACAUGCUCACAACAUCAGCAGCCUGCUAUACUAAGCUGAGCUUGUGCUUCAGUCAGAAAGCAGUGUGAAAAAGUUUACUGUAUUUGUACCUUAAAUAGUGCUACUUUCAAAUACUUGACUGCUGUACCAAAUGCAGUUGGUGGUGUCAAGACUGGGCCUAUCAAUCUAAACUAUUAAGUCAGCAUGUAUGAGCUGAACUUUUUAUUAAAAGGACUUAUUCAGUUACUAUGUUGUCUCAGAUUUACCACCAGAGCCAUGAUCAGAGCAAAUCUGAGUUUUGAUGAGUGACAGCUGCCCACUAAACAUGCAAAGUUGGAAACUUGAAAGGGGGCCAGAUGAAAGCCUUAAAAGGGUCUUGCUGUUACUUCCAGUGGGUUUUAUGCAAGAAAGUAUUCCCAGCCUGGAAGAAGUAAGCUCUAGCCAUCAAUAUUUAAAAAAAAAAAAAAAUCAAGCUCCUCUAACAGCCUUUCAUAUAAAGGGGAACUGACUACUGCCAUAUAACCAUGUAAUAUCAAUGCAUGGGCACAGAAUGCCUCAGUGGGUUUCUAACCAUUCCUAUGGCAUGCACAUGUCUGGACAAGACCCAAAGGAGGGGGUACAGAUGGGGUACUUACCUUUAACAAACUUUUCAGUUCAUUUGCUUAUCCAUGUAUGUUAUAAACACACCACACUUUUGUACUAGUAUGUGUUAAAAUGUAAUAAACUUGAAGUUUAUACAAUCAAA